AAUUACUUUCGUUUUCUCACUGAGCAUUGAAUUGCUACUUAAGUUAUCAAUCUUAAUUGUCUUACAUUUAUGGUGUUUUUAACAUACUACAGAAAGCUGUCAUUACAUUUAUAAAUAUGUCUAUGUAUAUAUCAGAAACUUGAUCGGUCCUAUUACCUGUAACAGUACAUACAAUUGAUGGCGUAUCCUCCUAAAUUUACCUUUAAACCAGAAUAUCGUGUGAGAAAAAGCAGUUCGAGCAGCUCAAGCAGUUCAAGCAAUGAAGAUGACGAGAUAGAUUCAGUUCCGCAAAGCUAUUUAAGCAAAGUGUCGUUGUCUACAUUUGGAAUAAGCCUAGUUCCAUACGCGGCAACAGAUGUCAUGAAAAGAAACGGUACCUCACAAACUAUUUAUACAAGGAUGCAAGUCAUAAGUGCAAUGGACCAAUUUAAACUCUACAGUCUUGAGGAGCUGCGAUACUUCGAUGGUCUUUGUUACUUCGAUGGUUGUUUCUUAGAAGUGUCGUUGUCUACAGUUGGAAUAAGCCUAGUUCCAUACGCGGCAACAGAUUUCAUGAUUAGAAACGGUACCUCACAAACUAUUAAUACAAGGAUGCAAGUCAUUAGUGCAAUGGACCAAUUUAAACUCUACAGUCUUGAGGAGCUGCGUUACUUCGAUGGUCGUUUGUUGGAAACAACGGCGGUAGUCGGGCCAAACACGAUAGGUAAAAAUCAGCAAUUAGUAUAUCCCCAAGGCACAGAAGAAGAAGAAGUCUUAGGAGAGAAACAGACAUUAACAACGAAGCAUUUGUGUAUAACAGCUAUUAAGGAAUAUGAGUAUUUUAGUUUAGAGGAAGUGCGGUAUGCAGAUAGUGUUUUGCCAAAAUUGGUUAAACAACUUGAAAACGAGCGUCAUAAUUAUUUAAAAAGAAAACCAACACAAACGCUUGCAACAAAUGCACUGUUUUCAUUUAAAUGUGAACCAAAGUUCGGCGAAGCAAGUUUGAGGAAUCCAGAUGAAACGAUUACAUCAGAUAGUUCAUCAACAGCAACAACUAGGAUAACAUCGUCGUUAUCCAAUCCUGUUUCCAUGCAAACACUUGCAACAGAUGCACCGUUUGCAUUUACAUGUGUACCAAAAUUUAUUGAAGCAAACUUUCACUCCUUUUUAUUGAGGAACCCGGAUAAAACGUUUACACUGGACAGUUCAUCAUCAGCCGCUACAAGUACAGCAUCGUCGUUAUCCAACCCUAACCCUGUGUCCAUUCCAACACUUGCAACAGAAGCAUCGUUUUCAUUUAAAUGUGAACCAACGUUCGGCGAAGCAAAUUCGAGGAACCCAGAUAAAACGUUUAAAUUGGGCUGUUCGUCAUCAGCAACUACCCAGUCGCUAUCCAAUCCUCCUUCCAUCCAAACACUUGUACCUGUCAGAUCCGGUCAAUGCCGAACUGCUUCAUUAGACAACAACAAUGCUAUUUCUUCCAAAGCACCUAAUAUUCAAGUAACAGUAAAAGAAACAUGCGCAAGGGAAGGACCGGAUGUCUUGGAUUUGUUUGUUGGCGGCACUCACAAAUAUACGACAUUGCUGACAACUAUGAUACAGGCAAAGGCAGGUUUUCUUGCCGACAUAUUCUUGGGAAAAGGAAACACGCCUCUGCAUGUCCUGAAAGAUGGAUCUUUCUUCCUUGACACCGACGGAGAAUCCUUCAAACUGAUUAUUGAAUACUUACGUGACGGUCGACUGCCGGAUAUGGGCAUUCAUUCUACGAAAGGCACUACACGGCGUGAGGAAUUGUUAUUGAAAUCUUUCCAAACCGCUCGAAAAUACGGGUUACAUGAAUAUCUGCACGACAUUGACCAAUAUGCCCCUAUUCAGCGUUUCAAAGAACUUGAAUCAAAUACAGUUAUUGUCGAGUUCUAUGCAAAACAGAUUUUAUGGGCGCUCAAUACAAAUGAUCUUGAACGAAAUGGCAAGUUCGCAAUCAUGUUGAAGUCAACUAAUUCGACUGCAAUCUCUGCUGUGUGCUGUGAACAUGACUGUAAGUUUGCCCCUGUCGAUACUGUUGUUCACCUAACAAGGGACUUAAGUUUACAAAUCUUGAGUUUGCUGUGUCAGCGUCUCCGCUGCCUAGGUUACAACGUCACUACAAAUGAAGAAAGUUGCGUGUUUAGAUGUUCUACACACGAGGAAGGAGACGCCGAUAGAAAGGAAUGCACAAGCAGGCGUCAUUUGUUGACGUGGUUUUGUCGGAUUUAGAAACGCAGCAACCCUAAUGUAUUAAAUAGGAUUUAUUAGCUACUAUCAAAGCUUGCUAACGUUCUCCUUAAACCUGUGAAUUAUUAUAAUAUAUGACUCGACCGUAUUGUGUCUUAUAUACGCGGAUGUGUUCGUAAUUUCACGAGCUUUGUGAAAACAUGACAUAAAGGGAAUGCCAUUUCGUAUCUGUUUAACUGAUUGAAGCCCAUACAAUAUUUAUUUAAACAGUAGUUUUAUAUUUAAUUCCUUAACAGUCAGUGUUAGAUAAAUGCAUGUGAAGACGAGAAGAACAUUGGUGAAUUAUAUUACCAGCAGUUCUUUGUGCACUCAUCAAAAACGAUCUUGACAAAAGGGCAAGUACACAAUAAAUUUAAAGCCAGCACAGUCAACCAACUCUUCCGCUUGCUGAGUCCAUGUUUUUACCUUGCCAUGUGGUCAUCGUAUAUAAUCUUUUAAGAGAAUUUAGUUUUAGUAUCUUGAGUUUGCGUUGCCAUAUUUUUGGUUACCAUAUAUCCGCAAAUGAAGCUAUUUGCAAGUACUAAUUUGCGAAUCAUGCUAAAGUAGAGACGAAAGCUGCCAAAUGGUGUGCACAAAGAGGUUGAUUGUGUUGAUAUUCAUCUGUGAAAAUAAAUGUAUGUCUGUUGAACAUAAUUUAACUGGUAUUAAUGCAAGUACCGCGGUAUUUCUUGUUAACGUUAGUGCUCUGCUACGCAUACGUUGCUAGUAUCAGUGGCAUAUAUGGUAUGAAUAAUAUUUACGUUUCAGAGUGAAAUAAUUAGGUUAAGUUCAGAAAUUGACUUAGUUUUUUGUGUGAUCUUGUCAUUUUUCGAUGUAAGAAUAAUUUAAUGUUCUUUGCAUUUUUUGUUCCUUGUGAUAUACACUAUGACUUAUUGCGGGUUCCGCUUUGGGUUCCUUAUAUAACGUGUUUAAUUAUUUUGUGUGAUUGUAUGUUUUCUAUCAUAUGCAUAUAUUAUGAAACAGUAUGUGUAUUUGAUUCGAAAUAUGGCUAUCAGAAAUGUUCAUUAUUGUUAUAUUUUGAGUGUGCUUGUGUAUUUAUAUUUUACAAAAUAAAAUAGUUAAGAACAAAAAUGUAGUGUGUUUGUAAUAUAACUGAAGUAGUGUAUAUGCGAGUUUUUAAGAAAACUAACUCGUUCUAAUCAUCAUUACAUUUCCUUGACUACACAAUCUUAAAAUGAACAUGAGUGGUAUUGACAAUGUCCAAGUUUGAUUCAGUCGUUUAAAAACUAGUAAAAUAAGUAUACUGUUUAUAUUUAUUUUCUGAAAUACACAGUAAUGAAUGGCGGGUGUUAUGGUGAGCUAGCUCACUACCAGUACACAACGCAGACUUUACAAUAUGGAAGUAGUGUAAACGCAUUUUUGUAAUACACGUUGUUGCUUAAUUCUUGAUAAAAAUCAUAAUAAACGCUUUAUCAUGUUUGUCGAUUCCUAAUUAAGAUUUCAAUAAGCGAUUAUGUAUUUUACUUUUUUCUAGGGUAGGAGUAUCUAUUUUCACGUGUGAAUAUAUUGCAUAUAUUAUGUCUUGAAUCUAUAACAAUUUUUGUGACAUUUGUUAUUAUUUGACAAACUUUAAAAAUGUCUCUUUAUUGUUCAACACUAGUGUGCAUUCCACAUUCCAGUAUCUAUUUUAACAUACUGAUACUUAAGUGCGUGUGGGUAUUUUAAACAAUCUUGUUGCAAAACAACAUAUUUAUCGUUUGCAAAAAUAUGUUAAUGCAUUUGUAUGAGUAAUCGAUUUUGCAGUUGAACACAACGAUUUUAAACGGGCCCUUUCACAGAUUUGCAAAACUUUUGUUAUCUACCUUUCCAAAAAGGGAUGAAACUUUAUUUUGAAACAAGCGAAAUAACAUGUUUGUUAGUUAUUGUAUUUAAGUAUGAUAAAAUGUUGAAGCAUCUAAAAGUGUAUGUAUUGCCUUAUAUAAUAAACCUAAUAUUUUUUAUAUAAGUAUGACAUUUUGAUAUGUAUACCGGUUUUUGAUUUAUUACCUUUUC